CGAGGUACGUCCAAGUGUCGACAAACGUCUCGUCUAGACUGCCCGGUCCCGCCAAGGCCGCUUUCGUGGUUCACUUGGUGCUCGACUGCGCACCACCUGAUCGUCCAUCUGAUAUUCUUGCUUUCCGGCUGGCUCUACCCGCAGUGUUGAAGGAGCCGGACCUUGGGUUUCAAUGACAGCCCCUGGACACUGACAUCCACUCAACUUGAUCAUCCUGGGAUCUGAGGUGCGCCGCUUGGCGGCGGUCGAGGUUCGCCGAAGAGUGGAAAGGGAAGCCAGCAACGCAAGCCCAGUGGGUUUGCUCUGUUACACUGCAUCCGUUCCAAUUGAUCCCUCAUAAAUCGAUUGAAUACCUCACCCUGCACCCUGACUUGUGUUGCCAACAGCUAAUCAUAGCAAGCAGCCCAGGUACUAGACAGGCCGGCAUAUUGAGGGUAGACCAAAUUCGCGCCCAACCCCUCCGCCACCACCUCCCGCUACAACUUGAAGCGCAACAACGCAACCAGCACCAACCGUCCAAACCCCCGCAUUUCCACGCCCAUCACACAUCCCCUUGGCGACGGCCACUUCCUUUACCACCUACACUCUUUCUACAAACAACAACAACAACAACAAAAACAACAAGGUGUUGAGCAACUGAGUACUUGGUUGUUCUUCGAUCGCAACCACCCCUCGACUGCGCGGCUCGACUGGGAUCUCGGACAACCCCACUCCAACAGACGAAUCCCCUCAUUCGGUAGCGCCCCGUUGACUCGCGAUCAACGCCUCCGUUGUCACACAAGAACACAAGUAUUUUCAAUCUUCGAGUCGGCGAAACAACCGAACCGCUUACUGUUUCUGGACAGUCUUUGUUUCCCGCAAGCAACUUUUCGGGACACGUCGAAAUGAGCAGCGCACAAAGAGGCGGAGCUCGCAAGAUCUCCUUCAACGUCAGCGAGCAGUACGACAUCCAGGAUGUCGUAGGUGAAGGCGCCUAUGGUGUCGUCUGCUCUGCAGUACACAAGCCUUCGGGCCAAAAGGUCGCUAUCAAAAAGAUCACCCCUUUUGACCACUCCAUGUUCUGUUUGCGGACGUUGCGCGAGAUGAAGCUGCUUCGGUACUUCAACCACGAAAACAUCAUCUCUAUCCUCGAUAUCCAAAAACCACGGAGCUACGAGACCUUCAACGAAGUGUAUCUCAUCCAGGAACUGAUGGAGACUGACAUGCACCGCGUCAUUCGUACCCAAGAGCUCUCGGACGACCAUUGCCAAUACUUCAUUUACCAGACGCUGCGCGCCCUCAAGGCCAUGCACUCUGCCAAUGUUCUUCACCGCGACUUGAAACCCUCCAACCUUUUGUUGAACGCCAACUGCGAUUUGAAAGUAUGCGACUUCGGUUUGGCUCGCUCGGCCGCGUCGCAAGAGGACAACUCGGGCUUCAUGACGGAAUACGUUGCCACCCGUUGGUACCGCGCCCCCGAAAUUAUGUUGACGUUCAAGGAGUACACCAAAGCCAUUGAUGUCUGGUCUGUCGGCUGCAUUUUGGCCGAGAUGCUGAGCGGCAAGCCACUCUUCCCUGGCAAGGAUUACCACCACCAACUGACCCUCAUCCUGGACGUCCUCGGCACGCCAACCAUGGAGGACUACUAUGGCAUCAAGUCGCGUCGGGCGCGCGAAUACAUCCGCUCGCUACCCUUCAAGAAGAAGGUUCCCUUUCGCACGCUGUUCCCCAACACGUCGGAGCUGGCCCUGGACCUGCUAGAGAAGCUCCUUGCCUUCAACCCUGUUAAGCGCAUCACGGUCGAAGAGGCGCUCAAGCACCCGUACCUGGAGCCCUACCACGACCCGGAUGAUGAGCCGACCGCGCCCCCCAUCCCCGAGGAGUUCUUUGAUUUCGAUAAGCACAAGGAUAACCUGAGCAAGGAGCAGUUGAAGCAGUUGAUCUACCAGGAGAUUAUGAGGUGAAGUGUCUACCGAUACAGGCAGUUGCAAGAGAAUACAGUGAGGUGAGGUGAUCUGGACGGCUUUGCAGGAGAGUAUUGGAACAACGUCAGUUUACUCGGUCCGAUUGGGACCGUAGGAGAUAUCAGGGAGAAGUGGAACAUGCUUUUUCUAGCAUUUGAUGUCGAAUGUUGAAGGCUAGGGGGUGUAUGUGAACAAUGUUGGACUAGAUGAGUGUGGGGGAUGUCGAUUACUUUACGUUUCCUUUGCGGUCUGAUACGCUCUUAUGGCUUGCUUAAACCGGAUCCUGUUUCCGUACCGUCAUGAAUUUGAAGCUAGAUACUCAAACUGCCUGAGCUUUGAUGAUGUCUCUUCUAUGGUGUUGUUCUUUUGGCUGUGGCACUUAUGGCUAGGCGUUUCGGUUUAAAGGAAUGAAGUUAAGCAAGAGUUCCAUUCCGCGAGUAGGUGAAGGGUAUUAUAAU